UGAUCUCAGCUGGAAGAAGAAGAAGAAGAAGACGAAAGACGUAAACAUUGGAAGAAGGAGAAUACAUAUUAGUCCCUGCGAGAAAGCCAUCUAGAAAAUAAUCAUGGCAAAUAUCGCCAUACAGAGAAUUAAGAGGGAAUUCAAGGAGGUGAUUAAAAGCGACGAAGCUCAGAAGUGUGCUAUCAAUGUAGAAUUAGUUGGAGAUGAUUACAGGGAGUUGAAAGGCGAAAUAGCAGGGCCCCCAGACACACCUUAUGAGGGAGCAACAUUUCACUUAGAAAUAAAAGUACCUGAAACAUACCCAUUUAAUCCACCAAAGGUAAAGUUUCUCACAAAAAUUUGGCAUCCAAACAUUUCUUCAGUAACAGGUGCCAUCUGCUUGGAUAUAUUAAAAGACCAGUGGGCUGCAGCAAUGACCCUCAGAACUGUCCUAUUGUCCUUGCAAGCAUUACUGGCAGCAGCCGAACCCGAUGACCCCCAGGAUGCAGUCGUAGCUAGACAGUUUAAAGAGAACCACUCUCUUUUCUUGGAAACAGCUCAGUACUGGUCUCAUGUACAUGCAGGAGCUUCAAGAGGAAAUAGUGAGUUUGCCAACAAAGUGAGAUGUUUGAUGGAUAUGGGUGUUGGGGAACACCAAGCCCUCGUUGCUCUGUCAUCUUGUAACUGGGAUAUGGAACGUGCAAUCGAACAACUAUUUUCGUAGACAUUCACUCCCAGGGUUAAUCUAGAUACAGUGAUCUUUCAUGAUUCAAAGGGGAGGGAGGGAGGGAGGGAAGGGAGCUCAUAUUCAUUUACCACAUCAACAAGAGAAAGCCACACCUUUUAAGUUUCCUUGCUUAUAUUGCUUCAUCAAUAAUGUUAACAUGCAAGCACUAAGCCAUAGUAUUAUGGGCAUGAGUUGAUAGUCCCACCGCAUUAUAUCCUUCCAAGUAACAUAAACUUUACUGUACAUGAAUUAUGGUUAACCCGAUUAUAGAUGUAUGAAUAUAUAAAAGAUACUUUCUCAUUUCCUUGUCUUCAUUAGGCACGAGAAUGUAAACCUUUAUAUUUAGAGGGAAUCAGUUACAUGCAUGUGAACUAAAACAAGGAAUUGCAAAUAACUUAUUUGUCAACCACAGCUGAAAUUCAGCAGAAUUAAGAACAUCGUUGUUGAUCCUGCACGAUGUGGCAUUUAGAUGAUUUAUAUCACUGAAGGGUAACACCAAUACAAGCUUCAUUUAAAGGAGUCGCUGUAGCACCACACCUUUGCUCUUUCUCUCAAGUACUGUUAGUUUUUCCGUUAAGGUAAGAAGUCUUUAAUUUAUUGAACACAUCCAUCAUAAUGAUAUAAAUUACCCUAUCUAGGAAUACAAUUGUUUUAUUCUUAUCGUGAGGUUUAGAUGACAAUCAUCUGUUUUAUUGUGGAAAUGUAAUAUUAUAGACCAGGAACUAGCAUUUUGUAUAAAGUGAUUUGUGCUUUAGAUGCAGAUCUUGAAUUAUCAUAUUGAUAAAGAUGUCUGGUAAGUACUGUUGCAUUCCAGAUUUGGUUAGUUGUUGACUUCAGAUUUGCACCUCUCCAAAAGUAUGAGAAGUCAUGUUAUACCUGUUGUCUAGUAAAUUAUUCACUCACACCUGUUAGUUUUUUGGAUACACUUCUGCACCAUUACCGCUAGAAAGAAAGAAAAUUAAAAGUUAAUGAGAUGAUGCAUAAAUUGAUGGGGUGUCUGACUACUGUAAUGAAAAAUCAGAUUGUUUCUAGCAACUUAGGAACUUGACUCGAGAGAUCCAUAUAAACCUUGGUAAAUGAAUGGAAUGUGCCAAGUCUGAAUGACUGCUAUCCUUGAACUAUGUUGAAGUGUGUUUGGUUGACAAUUGCAGUUACUAGUCCAUUUUCCAGUCAAUAGAUUCCCAACCCUCUAGAAAAACAGUUGAUAAUUUUUCUAGUCAAGUGCAGUAGCCUUCUUGUUUUGUCUUCAACUGCAAGUGUUUUGCAUGAUUGUCGUAUUGUUAUUAGUAGGCUGUUAAUGCUUUGUUGGACUUCAGCAACCUUUUUUAGCAUGCUUGUUCAAACUUUAGUGGAGACAUAUAGGUUUGAAUCUAGAAACUUCAUGGUAUUAUGUGAGGCCGUUCACUAGAAAUCAAUCAUUGCAUGUCUAAAGUAUUGUAAGGAAUGAGAGGACAGUGAACUUUAAACUUAAAGCAGAUUUAGCUGAACAUAGUUAAAUGUUAGCCUGCCUUUGCAGAUGAUUCCAAUUCAAGGCAAUGUAAGAAAUUGUUUUCUUGAAUGCUUUUCAGUUUUCAUCGGCUAAGAACUUGAAGCUUAUUUUAGUAAACCUUUUUUACUGAAAGUUUGGUUGUUCAUCAAUUGGCAUCAUAUUUUGAAAAACAGCAUUAUUGGUUUGUUAGUGAAGAUUGAUAUAUGUAUGACUGAAUUUUAUCUGUGGUGGUAUCCAGGAGCUUACUGAUUAAGUAAGAUAGUUUAUUCCUAAAGGUCAGGACUUUGAUUUAAAAAAGAAAAUUAGAUUUUUAAACUAGAAGACUUUUUAUUUGGGAAAACUCAUACAGUUGACACUUUUUACAGACUUUAUGUAAUGUUAGAUACAAGGGUAAGCUUUUGAGGAUCAGUUAUAUCCAACAUUGUAUGAAAAAUGUUACAGGUUGUACAGAAGGUGGUUUUCAGCUUGUAUAAUACCAUAUGCUAAAAUGUAUACAUUAAUAGUUACACGUACAUUACUUACAUGUUCUGUACUGUGUUAUUUAUGAUCCCACUGGAUAGACAACUGUAGCUGAUGCCCUUUUUCACACACUUUUAACUCCCAGGAAUUUCAAGUCCUCUGUAUAGUAUUCAGUGAUGAAAAGUUAGAAAAUGCUAUUCAAAGUUAUUCUGUUUUUUAUGACUUGUAGGAAAAAAUGUUCAUCACUAAUAAUGAACAUGAAACAUGCACUAUUGGUGUUGUGUACAAAUGUAGGCCUGGGAGGAGGGAUUUUCUUAAGAAUAUUUAGAAAAAAAAUAAGUCCUUUAUUUCAUAGCUGCUUGAUUAAGUUUUCUUAUACAUAUUCAUUAAACUUUUAAGUAAACAUUGUGAACCACCUUUUAUGCCCUUAGUAGUCAGAAAUUACCUUUAAGCUAUGGAUUUCAACACAGGAGGUAGUUGGUGGCUAUUAAUAAUGAAUUAUUUAAAUUUCAGUCCAGAUUAGUACUCCAGAUACUUCCUCACAAACGUGAUACUCCUUGUAGGCAACCAGGCCAUAUAAUGUGAUAGAUAAAACCUGAGAUUGAGUGGUGUGUCAGGGACUCUUCUGUUAUUGUCUUGGAAGCAUCUCUUAUUAGCUUUGCCAAGAAAAGGUGUGAUGUUGUUAAACAAUUUUUACAGUGAAAGAGUGGUCCCUAUUAUUUUGUUGCCUCUAUCCUAAAUGAUACUUAAAGGUAAUGUAAAUAGUCAUUUAUUUUUCCAAUUUCAACCUUAUCCUUCACGUGGAUGGACUGUGGUAAUCAUGUAGUUGUCUGUGUUUCAGAGGUGAUUAUAUUUAGCAUGCUUGCACAUUUGUCAGGACUGACUCCCUUGAGAAGUAUUUUGUUCCGUAGCCUUUAACAUUCCAUCUUUCAUGUGGCUUGGUUGGUGUCUCCAGCUUCCAUUUAGAGGGCUAUGGAAUUAUUGUCGGAAAUUGAAAUGUAUCUUUUGAAAACCCCAUCUAAAGAAUGGAUCAAAAUACAUUUCAGUUCAUUCAACCAAGUGCCUAAGUUGCAGAUUGAACCGAUGUAGCUUGAUCGACAGCUUUGAAAGCAGUCUUACAUAAUAUAUGGUUACAGCUGUGUUUUUAUAAUGAAAUAAAAAAAUGGAAGAACAAUUAGCAAUUAUUAGACACCUUGCGAUGACUUGAGUUACUAGUAUUACGCAUUCUCUCCAGAAGAUCUGGAGGAAAACAAUCUUGAGUUGAAUGGUGGUAUCUCUUUUUCAGAAUUGUAGUAUAUGCAUUUAUGGAAGUUAGAUUUUUUUCCCAUGGUUAUUUUUGUUUUCAAGUUCGAAGCCAGUUUAUUACUUUGAGGAGAUUUGAUUUAAACUCUUACUCUCUGGUGUAGUUUGCCUUUUGUUUAUACUGAUAGAUUUGUAAUAUAUUUUUUCUAAGCUAUAUGUGGUAUGUUUGUUGCUUUCUUUCUUUCUUGAAUAGCUUCACAAAAGUUUACACAAAGAAAAUUAUUUUGUAGAAGUUUGCACCACAGAAAUCUACUUGUAAAGAUGGACUUGAUUAACUUUUUUCUUCUGUAGUUGUCUGAGUGUUGGCGAUACUUGAUUUCAGCAGGUGACCCUUUAUGUAUAUUUUUGCAUUUUCUUGUAUUUGGUUUAACAGCAUUUAAUUUUCCAAGCAAUUCUAAGUUGAAACCCCCCUUUAUUUUUGAGUGUGAAAGAGUCUUGGAAAAAUGUUACCCAUAAUAUUUAAAAGGCUUUUUAUUUUAUUAUAUGAAAUGGAGUCCUUUUUGGUCAUUUGUCUUGGGAAAAGCUGAUAAGUUAAUGUAUUGAUAAAAUUACAAUGCUGCACAUUGGUUCUAGUUAUUCUUGUAUUAGGCAGUAGUGGUAAUUUAUUUUCAUUCAUAAAUUUUUUUUACUUUGUUGAUGAUUAUGAAAUGUCUGUGCAACAAAUGAGCCUCUUAUACCUUAAUGCUUAGUAGGACUGUUGAUUUUGUUCUCAAAAAUAAGUUGGUUGGCUGAAACCUUCAUGACCAGAGAAAAGUUCUUUGUCUCACAAACCUGACAAAGUUGCAAAAGUUUCUUCUUGAAACUUAUGGAAAGUUGAGGACUUUCAGUUAUUUGCUUUUUAACUAUUUCGAAUUGGUCAGUCAAGCAAGUUUUAUUAUUAUUUUUUUAAUGCCUUUUCAGUGUUUAUUAUGACAUCUGUAUCCAUAAGUGGUAUUUACACAAAAAAUAAUAUGCCCAUACAGUACUCCAGAACAUCAUCAGCAACUCAACAUAAAUAUGACGCAAAGAGAUAUGGUACACAGUACAUAUAUUCUAUCUAAUAUCCAUCUAAUAAAAGAAGUCUGUUCUCUUGACCUAUCUAUGAUUCUGUUUUCAAAGCAGAAUUGUCUGCAAUAUAGUCAGCAGUUGUGAUUAUUAUAAACAUAAUCCCCCCCUUUUUUUGUUGAUUGUUUAUUUUCAGUGACUUAGUUGUGGUAGAGAAGUCAUAAAUUACUGUCUGAAGAGGCCCUUUGGUAUCAGAUCGAGCUGUAUUUCCAUAAAUGUGAGCCUUUUAGAAUUGCUUAAAUAAGUUUUGAUUCUUACUCAUGUAGGCGCAAAGGGAAAUGAAAAUAGUUAUAAUGCUGCAAAGCAUCAUCCUCAGUGAUUAGAUUAAAAGUGGUUAUUCCUGUCAUUAAAUGUUUUAACAUCAAUAAAACCCAUCAUCUGUAUUGAACGGCAGGCUUGAUUGGCUAAGGAAUCCAAUUUUGAUGAAAAGCCCUUGUGUUGAAUAGUUUUUUUUUUUUUUUUUCUUUCAAAAUUACCACCACAUUUAACUAAUUUCCUCCCACUUUCUGAAGGGUCACACUUAUCUAACUCUUUGGGUGCUUGACGAGUAACCCACAUGACCCAAACCCAGAAAUUUGAGAUUGAGGAACAAUACUUGUAGUUGAUCAUGUUUUAACUUCAAUUUUCAGCCAACAAUAAAUUUUGAUAGUUUGAAAAAAUGCUUUGAAGAAAGUGUCGUAAUCCUUAACAUAGUCAGUUUAUUUAUUAUGAACAUUCUCCAUUACAAACCUACCAAGAGCAUAGUAAAAAAGCAGGUGCCGAAAUGAAUGCUGAUUCUUGAGUUAUCUGUGUCACAAGUGUAGAAUUUUUUUUAGAGCUAGCCUGAAUAAUUGCUUUCAAACUAGGGUUCAUUUUAUGGGGUGGUUUCUGGAGGUAUGCCUUGCAUGGCUUACUGCCAGUUGUAGAGAAGGUUCCGUGGAGUGUCCCAAUGGUCCUUGAGUUUUAUGUCUUGUCUUUUACUUUUUAGAUGUAAAAAAGGGAGAUUCAUUUCUGUGCUAAACAAAAAAUAUAAUACUUUGAGGAACAGAGACUACAUAUACAUUUCUUUUAAGUGGAAUCCUGAGCUCAUUAACAAGUGACGGUAGCAAACAGUAAUGUUAAAGUUAUUGAGUAUUUGAAAUAAUUGCACUUAUUCUGUUUUGUUACUUAAUGUCUUACACUUACUGUUUGAUUUCAUUUUUAUUACUUAAUGUCUUACAUUUACUGUUUGGUUUCAUUUUUGAUACUUAAAUAUCUUUUACACUUCUGGAUAGAAUUUAUUGUCAUUCUUCAUUUCACCCCAAGCAACAGCUGUAGCUGUGUUGUAAAGGUUUCCCCAAGUUUGCCAGUCUGAAGUGUGCCAUACACCAUACACUUAAACUGCUGAAAUUCAUCUGAAGACACUGCCAUUAUUUGCAUAUCUAUGCCGGAGAAGGUUUGUACAUUUUAUGUUUGAAGUGUAUCCUUACAAAGUACAAAUGUCUUAUUUUCCAUAAGCCCUGCAGCUUGAUAUUGUUUGGUGUGAGCUGGUGAUUGAUAUGUCAAAUGGUUAAAGAAUUGAGUGUUUCAUCCAUUUUGUUCAAGGCCAUUAGGCCUCAACUUCAGUUACACAAGCACUUUUCUUUCUGCAGUCAGUAUGCUAAUUGAUUUUUGUAAGACAUAUGUUCUAAUGUAUUUUAUUGUACGUAUUGUGUUUUUUUUAGUAUAGAUCAUUGCUUAUUUUUCUGCUGAAUUUAACAGGGUUGUAACACCAUUCUUUUUAGAUCAUUUUAUUUGAUUAUAGUAUGAUUUGGUAUGUGCCUAGUUAUUGCAAAUAAGUAUGUCUCCACAUGCAGUAAGGGUCAGUCAAGUUGAAAAGUUUUUGGUUUCACUCAGAAAUAGGUAGGAUGAUGGUUCUUGCACAAUUUGUCAGUGUUUUGCAGUCUCCCUUGAAUCCAGUGCUCUUAUUAUGCCGAAGUUCAAACACUACUUUCUUCUUGUUAAGGAUUGCUGCACUCUGGGUUGCAAAUGCCUCUCAAGAGUGUGGAUGUCAUUUUUAGAUGCAAAUGGUGACCAUACAUGCGGAAUGUGAGUUAGGUACUAAGUGGAUAUAAGAUAGUUUUAGAUGGAGCAAGUUGCGUGGAUCAGCAAUCUAGAGCCACUUCCACCUGCACUGUGUUGAUGGAAACAGUUGAAAAAGAGUUUUUCGACUGUUACCAUUUUCAAGUGUAAUUCUCCUAUUAAUGUUAUGACUUUUUCCAGGGAGUCUGUCAUAACUCAUAAUAGCUUGAAAUUUGUGAAGGGCAUUUAGAACCAUGGUAGUUUCAUUGCUCACUUUAAAUUCUUGUUCAGUUUGGUGUUGAUCUCAUAUUUCAUUCUACAUGAUUGAUGUGCAGGUAUUGUCUGGAUCAGCCUAGGAGUGAGUAAAACAUGUCAGCUUAAGAUUUUUUGUAACUCUCUUGCAGAUGGUCAUCCCCAAGAUGUUGGGCAAAAAUGUUCCCUGAACCAGUAUUGAUUCCUUUAGGCUUGGCUGUUUGUUGUUCAGUCCAGUGUUGUCAUCCUCAACCACACAAAUGGGAUCCAAGUGUCUGUUAGUGAUUGGUGUUCACACAUAUCUGUAAUGGAGCUCAUCUUCUGUGAUGUUUUCUUGCUUAUUUUUAAAUGGUGGAAUAAGAAGGUAGUCCUAAUAAAGUAUUUGACUGUCUUUAUGAAUUUCCUUAGGGCCAAGUUUCUUUUGAGACUCAUAACCACGAAACUUCCUGUUUUGUCUAAUUUGAAAUUUUGCCUAUGCUCAAGACUCAAAGAAUCUUGCCUGCAGUUUAAAAGGCUAAGAACUGACUCCUAUUUGUAAUUAUUUUAAGUAAUCAUAGUGCACCAAGAAAUUCUUGAGGGUGAGGCUAAUGUCUCAUAUAAGGUUUAUCAUAUUCUGGCUGAUUUUAUAGUGCUCUUGGAAAUAGAUGAUUGAUAAUGCAUUCUUGCACUCUUGCUGUUGGGCAGAUUAAUACAAAAGGAUGAUUACAGUGUUUUCCAAAACCUAGUGAUCCCAUUCUUUUAGGAUGUCAAAGCCAUGGUAGUAAAACUGAGGGCAAGCAAAUGUUUUACCUCUGCCAUCCAUUCAAGACUUGUUGGGGUAGUGGUCAGUAUGGCAGUUGUGUUUAUUCGUGGUCUUGUUUUUGUGGGACUGCAGUGACUCAUUUCAAGCUAUGUAACCUUCACAAGAUGGUUUUAUUGUUCCUAGAGGGGAAUCGCAUUUCAUCCAGGACUAGUGACACUGUACAUGCGGCAUAGGCUCUCAGUGCACUGUGACAGGUAAAGGUUCCAGAGUCUUCGUCGUGGUGCAACAGUAGCACAUCUUUCUAAGAAAUACUGACAUUAUAACAGAUGAGUAUGUUCCUAAUACACAUUCUCACAGUGGCAAAGACUCAGGUUCUUGACACAAUGCUGUCAGAUGCUCAUGUUUCCAAGGUGUCAGCAAACUGUGACAGAAAAACAGGUUUCUGAGACACAUUGUCUCCAUGUGAUAGAGGCAUAGUUAAUUAAGAUGCCUCGACAAGCUGUGCCUAAUUUCCCCGAGACAUUCAUGCCAUUGAAAACUUCCUAAACACCAAGAUGACAUUUAAAAAUGCUAAGAUGUGAUGAUGAUGCAGUACAUAGCUCUGAGACAGAGUCUGUCUGCAGCACAUUGGGAAUGAUUGAACACAAAGAAUCAGACAGACCGGAUGUUACAUUGUAGCAAGGAAUAUUUCAACACUGAAUGUCUUCACAUGAGUGUUGACUCUGAAUGAGAUGACUGUUAAUACAAAGGUGCAGAGGAGGGAACAGGAUGACUUUAUUCAUUAUGAAGAUCAACCAUUGGUUCCAGCAUUUUUUUCCUUAUUUUACCAGUUAGGGGAGUUCGUUGUCCUUCUGUAGUCCAUGAUAAACAGCACAGAACUUUUCUGGUGUAUUGAUACCAUAUUUCAGUUCUCAGUUGACAGCUCACAGUACUAGGCAGUACAGCAAGUGAUUAGAGGUUUGUAGCCGAUGAUUAAUUUUCAGUUUUGUAUUUUUCUUUCAGCAUUUUCUUGUUUUUCUUUACUGUACAUUACCACCUGCUGUAGGUUGUGAAUCUUGGAGGUAACUAUUAGAAAAUUAGAGUAUGACAUACCAUCAGACCAACAUUCCAGCAUUAAAACAUUUGAGUGCUCUUUUUGUUCAUGUUUUCCCAGAAAGUCUUUCAGCUGUGCUUAGAUCUUUGAUAAAGAUGUGGUUGUAGCUUUUAACUCAAACUGCCAUACAUUACUCAUUUGGAAUAGUAUUACAGUUAUUUUCAUUGUGUAGAGAUAUUUGAAAAUGCUGGGAUAUCUUGUAUGUGAAGUUGAUGGCAUCAUUGAGUCUUAGUAUUUAUGGUUUAAGUUACACUCAGUGCAGAUGGUAAUAAUAUUUUCAAGAAAGAUUUGAGUAAGGAACAGGUUUUUACUUGAACUUUUCUAUCCAUUUUAGUUUGGUGUGUUACAUUUGUAAAGGCAGGGAAGUUUAUAGAUAGAAAUCAGCUUCUCUGAUUUAUGUACGAUCUAAUGCACUGCUGUUUCAAUGUUUUAUAUCACACAUGUAUUAUAAAUGAUGUAGAGUUUUUGGAUCUGCUGAAUUUCUGGCAAAGGUGUGGUAAGUCAAGCCCCUACCACACGAUGGGCAAAUACACAGCAGCCAGACACUGUUACCAAUUUUGUGGGUGGCUGACAAUCAUGAGUGUGGUCCAAGUCAUAGGUUUGCCUGCCUUGGACUCUUUGAUCUGGUAACAGUUUAAAGCGGGAAAAUUAUGGGCAAAUCCAAGUGCCCGUCAUGUCUUUUGCCCCUCGUGUGGAAGGGGCAUUAAUCAUCUUGCUUUACCUUGUUGAAUAUAUGAACUGUAAGAAGAGAGCAGUAUCUGUGAGGUACCAUUUACCAUAGGUUUGCUACCCCAUGAGUGCACUGUUUAUCAAGAACUGGUAUAGAAAACAUCAGUUUAUCAUUUACUAUGUUAGUGUAGCCUGUAAAGUAUUAAUGUUUAAGUUGUUAAAAAAUUCCAAACUCCUCCCUUUUUUCUUUUAUUUUUUAAUAAAAAGAACACUUCUGCACUGUGACAUUGUCAGAAUAUCUUACACUGUAUAUUGGGUAGUGAACAAUUAAUAUAAACUGGAGUGAGAAACUCACGAAGAGCAACUGUUUCAUCAUAUCACUCUACUGCUCAGAUUAUCCACUUUAAUUGCCUGGGUUCUUAGAAAGUGAUCUGAUGAGUAACCCAAUUGUUCUUCAGUUGCAUUGCAGUGAUUGCAAAAAAACUUUAUUCCCAGUGCUGUACCUUCAAGUUGGUACGACAUGAAAAACAGAUUCAUUCACCUCAUCUUUUACACUGGCUCAAUUUUUUUAUAACUGAAUGUGGUAGGUUGACAAUGAAAAUUGAUAACUUGAAUUUGGACACCCUUGUAGAAAUAUUGUGUAUAAUGUGUUUAAUGUUUGUUAUCAUUUGGGAUUAUCUAAAGUUUUUUUUUAGGAGUAAGGUAUGUAAAUAAUGGUUUAGAUUUUGCUUUUUAGAGUAAUAAAGCAUGUCUGUACUGACACCGCAGGUAAUUCCAUUUAUAUUGAUAAUAAAAGGAAAUACAUACUCUUGAGAAUAUUCAUUAUUUUUAA